AGAGAUUAGAUGCCCUUAAAGCCCUUCCGUUCGUACCAAAACCUAAUUCUCCGGAGAAGACACAGGCGAACGAACGGUUUCCAUCUACUCUUGGCACCGAUUUCUCGAUCUCUCUCUCCCUUCCCCGCCUCUCUAUUCUCUAAUCUGUUCCUCUCUUUCCCCUCAUUGUGAGAAUCGAUUUCUGAAAGAAAAGCAGAAGUGAUGGCGGAUCAGCUCACUGACGAUCAAAUCUCCGAGUUCAAGGAGGCUUUCAGCUUGUUCGACAAGGAUGGAGACGGUUGCAUCACAACUAAGGAGCUGGGAACUGUAAUGAGAUCACUGGGACAGAACCCAACAGAAGCUGAGCUCCAGGACAUGAUAAAUGAGGUGGAUGCGGAUGGGAAUGGGACCAUCGACUUCCCAGAGUUCCUCAACCUUAUGGCCCGGAAGAUGAAGGACACCGACUCUGAGGAGGAGCUCAAGGAGGCCUUCAGGGUAUUCGACAAGGAUCAGAAUGGUUUCAUCUCUGCAGCUGAGCUGCGCCAUGUCAUGACCAACCUUGGUGAGAAGCUCACAGAUGAAGAGGUUGAUGAGAUGAUCCGUGAGGCAGAUGUUGAUGGUGAUGGUCAGAUCAACUACGAGGAGUUUGUGAAGGUCAUGAUGGCAAAGUGAGGAUUGCACGCACCAAAACGCAAAAGAAAGAAGAGAAGAAAAAGACUGAAAAAAGGGAACAGGGUAGAUAAGUAUAAUGAUGUUUCUAUUUUCAUAUAGGAAUUAAUUUGAUAGUUCUUAAAGAAGAGUAUUAAGGGGAAGUAGUGUCAUUGAUGCUUGGUACCCUUGCCCUUUUUAUGUUGGUUGUGUAAUUCUGUUAUUUUCUCUACUUUUUUCUCUCUCUUAGUUUGGAUUCUUAAUUUUUUGUUUAUUUUUUUUUUUCCUGUAUCCUCUACUUAAUUGUGAAGUUGGAACGGUUGGGAUUUGCUCGUGUUUUCUA